AUCUACCAUACAGACUGGACUAGGGGGGCACUCCGAGUGUAGGGUCGGCUCGUUGGACCACGGAGAACCGAGUGACGGAUGGCAUAACCGCAGUAUUUCCGUGGGACUGAGACGCGUGAGAGGAGGGUGGCGUGUCUUCCAGGAAACCAAGGAAACAGCCGCAAUCAGCGCAACUUCACAAACGAGCAACUUGUUGCCUGUCGUCGGCUCUCUCCUAUCACCGAACUGCCGUCGGAAUAACGUGUGUGCCACUUUUUUUUUUGCGCCCCCCCUCCUCCCUCCUCCUCCUCCUCCUCGUAUCACAGUUUCCUCUCCGGAUUGUUUUCCUCCUCCGGAGCAGGACCGGGAUCUGCCUCACGGAGAAGUCGGGAAACCGCCUGAGCCGAACCCGGUGCUAAGGGGCUGUGGCCAUGGCCGGGGGUGGGAUCUCUCCGUUGGGGCCCGCGCCGCCGAUGUGGUAUCACCGGGACCUGAGUCGAGCGGCGGCCGAGGAGCUGCUCGCGCGGGCCGGGAGGGACGGAAGCUUCCUGGUGCGGGACAGCGAGAGUGUCAACGGGGCGUACGCGCUGUGUGUACUGUUUCAGAAGCACGUCCACACAUACAGAAUCCUCCCAGACGAAGAAGGAUUUCUGGCUGUACAGACAUCUCAGGGCGUGCAGCCUAAGCGGUUUAAGACACUACCCGAGUUGGUGUCAUUGUACCUGCAGCCGAGCCAGGGUCUGGUCACCACCCUGCUGUACACUGUGGACAGGGAGGAGACAGCUUUCAGUGAUGACCGAGAUUACUCAGAUGGGGAGGAUGAGAAGCCACCCCUCCCCCCUCGCUCUGCCUCCACCUCCUCCCCUUCUGGACCAGACACACCCACAGACAGCACUCCAGCAGCUAAUGGCCUGAGCACCAUCUCCCAUGAGUACCUGAAGGGCAGCUAUGCUCUGGACCUCGAGGCAGUCAAACAGGGAGCCUGCUCCCUGCCUCACCUCAACAAGACACUAGUGGCCUCCUGCAAACGCCUUAAUGGGGAGGUGGACAAGGUUCUGUCUGGUCUGGAGAUUCUGUCCAAAGUCUUUGAUCAGCAGAGUUCUUUCAUGGUCUCCAAGAUGAUCCAGCAGUCAGUGAAUCAGGGUGGAGACCAGGAGUUGGAGAACCUUGUGACCAAGCUGGCAAUUCUCAAAGACCUGCUGUCCUCCAUUGAGAAGAAGGCUUUGAAAGCUCUCCAGGACAUGAGUUUGUCUUCUCCAAGCUCCCCUCCUCCUAUGUCCAUGCGUCACAGCAAAGCAAUCCCUGUGCAAGCCUUCGAGGUAAAGCUUGAUGUUUACCUGGCAGAACUGACAAAGAUAGGAAAGAGUCAGAAGUACACUCUGUCCGUGGACGUGGAGGGAGGACGACUGGUAGUGAUGAAGAAGGUGAAAGACAGCCAAGAGGACUGGACCACCUUCACACAUGACAAGAUCCGUCAGCUGAUCAAGUCUCAGCGGGUGCAGAAUAAACUGGCCAUUGUUUUUGAAAAGGAAAAGGACAAGAGUCAGAGGAAAGACUUCAUCUUUGCUAGUGCCAAGAAGCGGGAGGCGUUUUGCCAGCUGCUGCAGCUGAUGAAGAACAAACAUUCCAACCAGGACGAGCCGGACAUGAUUUCCAUCUUCAUAGGCUCCUGGAAUAUGGGCUCCGUGCCUUCACCGAAGUCUGUGGCCUCGUGGGUGUUGUGCCGCGGCCUUGGGAAGACUCUGGAUGAGAUGACGGUCACCAUCCCUCAUGACCUUUAUGUGUUUGGGACUCAAGAGAACUCUGUGUGUGAUCGGGAGUGGGUGGAGUCACUACGUGCCAUGUUGAAAGACCAGACGGAACUGGAUUAUAAACCGAUCGCAGUGCAGACUCUGUGGAACAUUAAGAUUGCUGUGUUGGUGAAACCUGAACACGAGAAUCGAAUCAGCCAUGUGGGAAUGUCCAGUGUCAAGACAGGCAUUGCCAACACACUGGGUAACAAAGGAGCCGUCGGUGUAUCCUUCAUGUUCAAUGGAACCUCCUUUGGUUUUGUGAAUUGCCACUUGACAUCAGGGAAUGAGAAGAUUGCCAGGAGGAACCAGAACUACCUUGAUAUCCUGAGGCUGCUGUCGCUAGGCGACAAGCAGCUGAGCUCCUUCGACAUCUCUCUUCGCUUCACACACCUCUUCUGGCUGGGAGACCUCAACUACAGGCUGGAUAUGGAUAUUCAGGAGAUCUUAAACUACAUCAACAGGAAAGAGUUCGAUCCCCUGCUGAAGGUGGACCAGCUCAACCUGGAGCGGGAGAAGAACAAAGUCUUUCUACGCUUUGCGGAGGAAGAGAUCUCCUUCCCGCCCACCUACCGCUACGAACGUGGCUCGAGGGACACGUAUGUCUGGCAGAAGCAGAAGGCCACAGGGAUGAGGACUAAUGUUCCGUCCUGGUGUGACAGGAUGCUGUGGAAGUCGUACCCAGAAACACACAUCGUCUGUAACUCCUAUGGCUGUACAGAUGAUAUAGUGACCAGUGAUCAUUCCCCUGUCUUCGCUACGUUUGAGGUUGGGGUCACCUCCCAGUUUGUCUCCAAGAAAGGUUUGCCAAAGUCUUCAGAGCAGGCCUACAUUGAGUUCGAGAGCAUCGAGGCCAUUGUGAAGACGGCGAGUAGAACCAAGUUCUUCAUCGAAUUCUACUCCACUUGUCUGGAAGAGUUUAAGAAGAGCUACGAGAACGACAGUCAGAGCAGCGACAACAUCAACUUCCUGCGUGUGGGCUGGUCCAACAAGCAGCUAACGACGCUCAAACCUCUUCUCUCAGAGAUCGAGUACCUUCAGGACCAACAUCUGCUGCUAACAGUGAAAUCACUGGAUGGAUACGAGUCCUACGGCGAGUGUGUGUUGGCUCUGAAAUCGAUGAUUGGCAGCACAGCACAGCAGUUCCACACCUACCUGUCCCACCGCGGGGAGGAAACGGGAAACAUCAGGGGGUCCAUGAGGGUCAGAGUCCCUUCUGAAAGGAUGGGAACCAGGGAGAGACUUUACGAGUGGAUCAGUGUGGACAAGGAUGAGACAGGCGGACCUAAAGGGAAAUCCACUAUGGUAUCCAGAGUGGGACAUGAAUAUGUCAAGCCAUCUGUGGUUCGCAAACAGUUAGGAGAGCUGGGCAAAGUCAGUGAGGAGGGAGAGAGGAUCGGCAAGGAAGAAACUGCUGCAAGACCCAAGCAAGACGCAUCAGAUGGUGAUUCAUCCGUCGCCAAGAACAGCUACAAUAAUCCCGCCUACUACAUCCUGGAGGGCGUUCCCAACCAGUCGGCAGCCGCUCUCUCACCUGAGCUUCUCCCAUCUCCUACCUCUGCAAACCCCCAGGCAGCUAAAGCCCCUCCUCCCUCAGCUGGAGCUCGAACCAAGCCCUCCUGUGCGGCCUCAGGGCCCCCUCACCCACGCAGACACGUUUCAGGACUCCCUGUCCGGGCCAUCAGCGAGGAAGGCUCUUCAGAAGACGAUGGGGGCGUUUGUGUGGCGGGGGCAAAGGGUGGAGGAGUCGGGGUAACGGUUGGAAGCACACUAAAUCGACCCCCUCCUGACUUCCCCCCUCCUCCUCUUCCUAAGGGAGCCCUGGAAAUGGUUGCAGAGGCCUCCUUCCCCAAGCCGCGGCCUCUUUACCCAGACCUGGCUGAGGUCAGGAUCCCGGCAGCCUCUCCUGCUGCCCCGCCAGGUCUUGGGGAGGGUUUCAGGAGAGGAGGAGGAGGAGGAGGAGGAGGUGGUGGUGGUGGAGUAGGGGCGCUGGACGACCAGUCAUGUUCUGUGCUCCAGAUGGCAAAGACACUGAGUGAGAGUGAGUUUCCUGGGCAGCCACCACGCGCACCGUCAGCACCGCCUCCCCUCAGGGGGCAACCGAUGGGUAUAGGUCUGGACGCCUGCCGUACCUUCCCCCCUAGAAACACCAUCACAGAGAGCAUCGCAGAGGACAUGCCUGAGGAGGCACUUUGGGCCAGCAGUAGUUCAUCCUUGUCUGUAGGGGAAUCUUCAGUGGGGGAGUGGCUGGGACGACUGGGACUGGAGAGGUAUGAGAAGGGCCUUCUACACAAUGGCUGGGACGACCUGGAAUUCCUCAGUGACAUCACAGAGGAGGACCUGGAGGAGGCAGGGGUGCUUGACCCCGCCCACAAGCAAAUCCUGCUGGAGAGCCUCAGACAGCAGCAGCAACCGACAUAAAUAAACUGCACCAAACUGGUCGGUGACUGGUCCCAACUGGGCCCGGCACCAUACCACGCCCCAAUAGGCCAAAAUCUCUGAACUGAACUAAUCUGGAAUGUGCCAAUUAAUGCCAGACUGUGCCUUCUGAGAGAACUUGCACUCCAUUUGUACUUUCAAAAACACUCGUUGAAACCAACGUCCUUUUUUUCCCCCCACAUGUACUGUAUGCGUGUCGUCGCUGUUGUAGAGGUGGCCUUAUUUAAUGAUAAUCAUUUCAGUCCUUAGAGCUUCACUACUUAACCCUUGGCCUUAAACUUAGUGAGAAGAGAUGACGGAGAUCAUGAUAAUUUACGACUCAUGUGGAGCAGCUGUCUUGAUGUUACAUUGUCAGUUCAGAUCUGUAGCUUCAAGCUGGAUUUUAAGUUUUUUUUCUUUCUUCGUCCCGAGUGAGAUUUCAGAGAAUUUUAAAAAUGAGAAGAGGGGUGUUUUUUGUGUGAGACCAGAGCUUUGAAAAACACACGGCCUGUGUUUUGCUCCCUCAGUUCAGACUCUUGUAGCAACACUGUGUUUUUUUCUCAGUCUCAGGUUUUCCGCCCAGUAAAUGCUCACAUUUGGGAAACUCGCUCAGGAGUCAUUUCAACCCGCCGCUCGGGCAGAGGAACCGCCUCGCUUUUGUGAUGGAGGCAGACAGGAAGCUGUGACAGGAGAGGAGCUCGCCCCCCGAGGCAUGUUAGCUCGUGCAUAUUUUUAUUAUUUUUUUGUACUUUUGUGAUGACAUCUGGCCAACUGUGAUUGAAACGCUGGCUUUUUUUGUCUUUGUGUCUCUGCAUGUAUUUAAAGGUUUUAUGUUGUCUUUUUUUUUUUUUCAUGAUAAAGGGAAUAUAGAGUAAAACAAGUCCUGCUAGAGCUAAAAGUGUAUAUUUCACUUUGGUAUACCAUAUACAUGUAAGUGACUGUAUUUGCCAGUGGGAAGAUAUUCCAGCUUUUUUGACUGACUUUUGCAGAUUGUGGCGAGUUGGUCAAAUGAUUAGUGGAUUUGAGUGGAUUUGUUUGCUGAAACCUAUAGGUAUCGUUUAACCUAAGGGGAGAAAUGACACAUGAAGCAUACUGCGACAAACUAUUACACUGCGAAAGAAUUAAGCAGUUGGGGGCAAUAAAAUCACCUACUGGAUGCUGCGCCAAAAUGAAAUAUCACUUGAAAGAUUUCACUCACAAAAAUUUUUCCGCCCACACUUAAAUUGUCAGUGAGGAAAUUAGAUCUCACGUUACAGAAGGAGAAGGAUCUUAUUCUUUUUAGCAGCAAAUGACCCGGGUGUGACGGACACGAUGAGCAGUGUGCGGGGAACUCAUGAACAAAGGCAAAUAGAUUGACUCACAGUUAUUUCACUUAAGAUUUCUCAAGUAAUCAUAUUGUAAUUGUCCGUGAGAAACCAUUUGUCACCAUAACAUUUGUUUUCUGUGAUAUUGUAGAGAUUUAGAUUUUUUCUCAUUUUUACAGAUUUUACUUGGUUCUUAUGUUAAAUUACUAAAAAAAGAAAAAAGCCUAGUUCCAGGGUCAUGGCGUAUUUUGUGGAAGAAGACGUCUCCUCUCAUAGUCAUAAUACAUUAAAAACAGAAGAAAAAAAAUUCUGCCACGACAGAUGGUGUGAGGGCACGUUCCCCGAUUGUCCAGCAGGGGGUGUUACAGAACCUCAUCAGUAGAUGACUGACUGUGGAAACCUUGGAAAAAUAAGACAACUAAGGAAAUCUUCUCUUUUCUUAAUAUAUAUACUGUAUAUAUAUAUAUAUGUUGUCCUAAAGCAGUUCAAAAAUCGUACAUAUAAGUUUCCUGUUAGUGUUCACACUGCCUUUAUUUGUUCUUUAUUUAAAAUCCUGCCUCCUCUGCUGGCGAGACCAGACAGACCAAGAAAGAAAAAGCCUUUUUACUGUCAUUUUAAAAAGACCUGAUGCUGACGCCUCACUUCUCCUUUAUCGAGGUGGAUCAUCAUCACACCGAUCAUUUCUACUGCAGUUAAGCACACAACUUGCCUUUUAUCCUGUAGUAUGAUGAUGUAAAGAAAUAUAUUUAAACAUGCCAACUGCUCGCCAUGAGAAGACCUCGAACGUACAGAACUCUAAAACUCUAACUGUAGGUUGGGACUAAAUAUGAUGCAAACUUUUAAGGAUGUGAUUGGAGCGUUUUCAUUCACACACCCUUGGAUUGUGUUGCUCACACGCAGCCUUUAGACUCAUGUUACUUAUGUGUUGUCCAAUGUGUCAAAUCUUUUAACAGCCAAACAACUAAAACACAGAUGUUCAUGUGCUGUUCAGACAUGUUAAAUCUGAUGAGUGUUGUUUUUUUUUUUUUUAGCCUUACUGGCCUUUCCGUGUUCUCAAUGGUGUGUGUGAGUGAGUGUGUGUGAGAGAGAGAGAUGGUGUGUUUGUAAUUGUGACUGUCACACCAGUCUAUCUUGUUCCUUCAUGUAGUCUCCUCUUUUAGUUGUGUUAACUUAAUGCAAGUUGUUCACCCACAUGUAUUUUUUUUCUCCAAUUAAAAUCUAAUAUCUUUCUUUA